AUGCAUUCGUGCUGGUGGACACGUGAACAGGAACAGGUUGUCUCUAGCGUCAGCGCCACCGACGGCAGCGUGGAACUGGAGCAAGUGGACGAGGAGAACGAAGAGGCGAAAACAAACGAGGCCGUGGAACUACUUGAUGCCAUCAAUCUGAGCAAAGAGGAGAACAACGGGCGUAUUGAUAACGAGCUCAUCGUCAAGUAA